AUGGAUCAAAACCUUCAAGCAGUUUUCGCCGCCAUGGCCAGUUUCUUUGGAGUGACUUUAAUUCUAUUCAUUAUCUUGGUAAUCUGUAAAAGCGACUCUAGAAGACACCGUGUUAACAGCUCUAUUUCCCGGGACCGUAUCCGUAAUCGGGGCCAAACAAGGAGCAUAACAGUGCCCAAAACGGAGCUCUCCUCAAUAUCAGGAGGUGAAAGCGCGACUUUUGACCCGAAUUUAAACCGGAUAUCCAUGCAGGAACUCAUCCUCGCGACCCGUAACUUCUCGCCGGAUCUUAUCAUCGGGGACGGCAGCUUCGGCCUCGUGUACAAGGCUCGACUCAACUCCGGCACGGUCGUAGCCGUUAAAAAACUGGCGGCGGAUGCUUUUCAGGGCUUCCGAGAGUUCCGGGCCGAAAUGGAAACUUUAGGAAAGAUUCUUCACCCGAAUAUAGUUAAGAUGCUCGGAUACUGUGCAACGGGUUCGGAUCGGGUCUUGAUUUACGAGUUUAUUGAGAGGGGGAGUCUCGACCAAUGGCUUUACGACUCGUCAUCAUCGACGGCGGACGACGGCUCCGAAGAUGAAAUAAGGCGUAUUGAGCAGUCCCACUCUCACGUUUCCACUCAAAUAGCAGGGACGAUGGGGUACAUGCCGCCGGAGUACUUCCACGGCACAAUGGCGACCGUGAUGGGAGACGUCUAUAGCUUUGGCGUACUAAUGUUGGAAAUUGUCACGGGGAGGCGGCCUAGUUUUCCUUUCGCAGGAGAGGAUGGAAAAGAAGUUCGGUUAAUGGAGUGGAUUAAUAAAAUGGUCGAGCAAAAGAAAUAUAUGGAAAUGGUGGAUGCUAGCAUUUCGAAAGAUGGACUGAAGGAAAACACCGUAAUUGAGAUUUUCCAAAUUGGUUUAAGAUGUACUAAUGAGAAUGCCAAGCUUAGGCCUACUAUGAAAGAAGUUGGUGAGGAAUUGGAUAAGAUUUUAGCGUCGAAUUGA